UUAAUUCUUGGGAAUAUCCGCGUGCCACGCAUUGGGUUUGUGACAGAAAAUGAAGAUCCGUUCACCAAUGAUUGGUUAAACGUGCGUAACCUUUCUACAUGUCCAGAGUUGAUCGCCUGGCUUCAUUUGUUUUGGAAGGACCAAAUAGUGGCUCAAUUUGCCCAUCAAGUAGCAUUGGCUGUACAGAAAAUUUUACAUCUUGGUUACAUCAUUAACCUGCAAGCUGUUAUUGCGUAUCAGAGGCCAAUGCUCCUAAUGCCUGUUAGAGUGCGCGCCGCAGAGCAGGCAUUUUGCUCC